CCACCAGUGCCACCACCGCGCCCUCCGAGUGCCCUCCACUUGUGGCAUCCACUCACGCUCACUCUCGCUCCUCGCAGCCUGCAUAAGAGGAGAAGACGCUCUGCCCUGAGCUGAAACAUCUGACAGGAUGAACCGUCAGGUUUUGCCUCUGCUUGGCGUAAGCUUCUUCUUGGUGGCAUGUGUGGCGGGGGCUGCAGAGGGCGACCGGCGGCCGUACAUCGUGCAAAUGGACGUGUCGGCGAUGCCGACGCCGUUCACGACGCACGAGGGCUGGUACACGUCGGUGCUGUCGUCGCUGGCUGGCAAGGAGGAGGAGGCGGCGCCGGAGCACCUGUACACGUACGCGCACGCCAUGCACGGCUUCAGCGCGGUGCUCACCCCGCGGCAGCUCGCGGAGAUACAGGGGAUGGAGGGGCACGUGACCGCCUUCGCGGAGACGUACGCGCGGCUCCACACCACGCGCACGCCCGAGUUCCUCGGGCUCACCGGCGGCGGCGCUGGCGGCGUCUGGCCGGCGUCCAAGUACGGGGAGGACGUGAUCGUGGGGAUCGUCGACACGGGCGUGUGGCCCGAGAGCGAGAGCUUCAGCGACGCGGGCAUGACGACCAAGGCCGUGCCGGCGAGGUGGAAGGGCGCGUGCGAGGUCGGCAAGGCCUUCAAGGCCUCCAUGUGCAACGGGAAGCUCAUCGGGGCGCGCUCCUUCAGCAAGGCCCUCAAGCAGCGCGGCCUCGCCAUCGCGCCGGACGACUACGACUCGGCCAGGGAUUACUACGGCCACGGCUCCCACACCUCGUCCACGGCGGCCGGCAGCGCCGUCAAGGGCGCCAGCUACUUCGGCUACGCCAACGGCACGGCCACAGGCAUCGCGCCCAUGGCCAGGCUCGCCAUGUACAAGGCCGUCUUCUCGGGCGACACCCUCGAGUCCGCGUCCAGCGACGUGCUGGCCGCCAUGGACCGAGCGAUCGCCGACGGCGUCGACGUCAUGUCGCUCUCGCUGGGCUUCCCUGAAACUUCCUACGACACCAAUGUCAUAGCUAUCGGGGCCUUCGCCGCCAUGCAGAAGGGAAUCUUCGUUACGUGCUCGGCCGGGAACGACGGCUCCGACGGGUACACCAUCAUGAACGGCGCGCCCUGGAUCACCACCGUCGGCGCGUCGACCAUCGACAGGGAGUUCACGGCGACCGUCACGCUCGGCAGCGGCAGCGGCGGCAAGAGCAUCCACGGCAAAUCUGUGUACCCGGAGCACACACCGAUCGCCGACGCCGACCUCUACUACGGCCACGGCAACAAGAGCAAGCAGAAGUGCGACUAUUCCAGCCUGAGCCGCAAGGAGGUGAGCGGGAAGUACGUCUUCUGCACAGCCGGCGAGAGCCUCAGGGAGCAGAUGGACGAGGUGCAGGGCGCCGGCGGCCGCGGGCUGAUCGCCGCCAGCAACAUGAAGGAAUUCCUGCAGCCGACUGACUACGUCAUGCCGCUGGUGCUGGUCACCCCGUCGGACGGCGCCGCUAUCCAGAAGUUUGUGACGGCCACCAAGGCGCCCAAGGUGAGCAUUCGGUUCGUCGGCACGGAGCUCGGCGUCAAGCCGGCACCGGCCGUGGCGUACUUCUCCUCCCGCGGGCCGACCCAGAUGAGCCCGGCGAUCCUGAAGCCGGACAUCGUCGCGCCGGGGGUGGACAUCCUCGCGGCAUGGGUGCCCAACAAGGAAAUCAUGGAGAUCGGCAAGCAGAAGCUCUACGCCAAGUACAUGCUCGUCUCCGGCACGUCUAUGGCGUCGCCGCACGUCGCCGGCGUGGUCGCCCUGCUGCGGUCUGCGCACCCCGACUGGAGCCCGGCAGCCAUCCGCUCGGCCAUGAUGACCACGGCCUACGUGAAGGACAACGCCAACAACGUCAUCGUCAGCAUGCCAAAUCGAUCACCAGGGACACCUCUGGACUACGGCAGCGGCCACGUGAGCCCCAACCAGGCCACAGACCCCGGCCUGGUGUACGACGCGACGGCAGAUGACUACGUCAACUUCCUCUGCGGCCUCCGCUACAGCAGCCGGCAGAUAGCGGCCGUGACCGGCCGGCGAAACGCCAGUUGCGCCGCCGGUGCCAACCUUAACCUGAACUACCCAUCGUUCAUGGUGAUCCUCAACCACACGACGUCGGCCACCCGGACGUUCAAGAGGGUCCUGACCAACGUCGCCGGCUCGGCAGCAAAGUACAGCGUGUCGGUGACGGCUCCGGCAGGGAUGAAGGUGACGGUGACGCCGUCAGCACUGUCCUUUGGAGGCAAAGGCAGCAAGCAAGGGUUCAGUGUCACCGUGCAGGUCAGCCAGGUGAAGAGAGCAGGAGAUGACUACAGCUACAUUGGAAACCAUGGCUUCUUGACCUGGAAUGAGGUUGGAGGAAAGCAUGCUGUCAGGAGUCCAAUAGUCUCAGCAUUUGCUCAGUGAGGAGAAAGACCUGCCAACAUAGCAGGAACAGAAAUAAAGGAUGACCAUACAAAAACAAUAAAUAAUAUAAUACUGACCAGAAGAAGUAAUACAUAGACUGAAAGCAAAGGAGAAAAAGCGCACCAAGGUAUGGUACUGAUGAUGUCAAGUGUAUUUAGCCUCUAUAAUAAUUUAUAAAUUUGUACACAUUUUUCUCAACAAAUCACAUUUGGCCUAAAAUGAGCUAGUAACACAUAUUCCACCAGUUUGAUUUGCUUCAAAAUAUGUAAAUCUCUAAAUGUAAUAGGGUGUGAAAUUAUAAGCAUUGUUACAUGCUUGUUUGGAAA